AUGGAUGUAGAUAAAGAAUUUCAAAAGACCCUAACAAAGAAAUAUAACGCUAAACAGUCAGAUUCCAAGCUCAAUUCAGUUGAAAAGGCUCAAAUUUAUUUUGUAGGUCCUCCCUUUGCCGGAAAGACAGCCAUUAUUAACCGUAUUGUGACAAACAGAUUUGUAGAAUUAUUUCACUCGACUACCGAUAUCAUAUAUAAAUAUGAAACAGAAGUGGACAUUAGUGAUGCAGGUGAAGGAAGCAGAUAUGAGAAAAUACCUGUUAUAAUAGUAGAUACCUUCCCCCUCGACCACCCCAAACUAAAAGGAGAUUUUAUCAACGAUGAAGCUAGAAUGGACCAAAUGAAUUAUAAUGGAUUAAAAUAAAGCUGAAAUGGAAAAGAAUCUCUCAAGACUCAUGAGUAAUAAUAAGUUCAAAGCAAUUUAUAAAUAACCCAAAAUCAAAGAAAAAUAUUCCGAAUCCUGAUUAUGCGCACUGCAUUGUAUUUGUGCACGAUGUUAGUGAAGAGAGAAGCUUAGAAACAGCUAUGGCGUACUACGAAAUAUGGAAAAGGUCUCAAGAUGAUGCAAACAAAAGUGUACUUAAAUCCAAGAAUCAGGGGAAUAAGCUAUUCUUCGAAUUCUGGGGGAACAAGAGUGACAUGACUUUCCUUGAUAACCCAAAGCAAAAUAAAUAUAACAAAAAUGCUGAUAGUAAAUAUGAUUCAAACUCUGAUGCCCCAAAGCACAUUAAUGUUUCUGCAAUGACGAACGAAAAUAUCAAUGAUGCCUUUAAAGAUCUGGUUCGGAGAAUCUGUAAACAAAAACUUAUAGGCAUUGAAGAGGAAAAAGGAGCUUGGGAGGAUGACGACGGAGAUGUCAGGCUUAAAGAAAAACCUGACCCUUGGAGAGGACCCGGAUUCUUUGAAAAGAGAAUGAAGAAGAUGAAGACGAUGAAGAUGAUGAUUAUUAGGGGUAUUGGAUCAAAGAAGGCGCAAGAUUGAGGACCAUUGAUUGGUGUCAAAAUUUCUAGAAAUUAAAUU